UUGCUCUGCAAGCCGACGUUGCAAGUUGCGUAGAUGACGACUGCCGAGAACACGGAAGAACCAAAGUGGGAAGGUCCCACUAUGGCGAGACUCGUGCAAGAAGGUCUGGGCCUAGGCAUUGAUGCUACUAAACCAGAAGUAAUGCUGCACACUCAAAUUGAGCCGACAGAGAAAAAUCUGGUGAGACGUACGGUCGGAACUGGUUACCAAGAGUUGAACGAGACGCUAGAAACGGCGGCGUCCGUCAAGCAGAGCUUGUCAAGCAAUCUACGCUUGAACGCUAUAGAAGCAGUGUCAUUCAACGUGAAAUACAAUUGGCACAAAGAGGAAAACAGAUCGGUGAAGAUGAGAGCACAAGGCAAGAAGAUCCAUUGUGAGACUGUUCUUUUCGACUAUCAACAGUUUCCCGACUCAUCUCGCCACCUCCGUACGUUACUGGAGGCUGCAGCUAAGCAGAAGGGACACGAGUACUGUCCAGGAAAGAAGGUUAUUCUGAGAGACCGUGAAAGCAUCUGCAGAAACGUCGUUAGGAACGAAAAUCAGGGAGUAACUCACUACAUUUCUGAAGUUGAUCUUGGAGCUAUGGUUUACGAAGUUAAAGUUGAACAAGACGUGAGCGAGAACAACGCUAGAAGGGGGAGCGUAGACAUUGGCGGGGGCGCAAACGGGAUUGCUGCCGAGAUAGGCGUAGACUUUUCCAGUGAAUCUAUGCAGAUGGCUAGCCAAGCUGAGCACAAAAUCAACUUUGUUAUUGACAAAAAUGUUGAGCUGAAUAGAGAACACACUAGCAUUUUGCCAGAACAAGAGAAAAUGAUUUCAUACAAAGUGACUCCUAUUUGGCAUCUCAUUGAUGACCCAGAUUGGCGUCAGUCUGUCAAGAAAGCAUGCCAGGAUUAUGUGGAUGAUUCCAACCCGAUUGCUGUUAACUCAGAAAAUUCAUUUGUUGUCAAAGCGGUUGGUGAUAAGCAGCGUGCAAAUCUGUACUUGAAGCUGUCGGAUGAUCGAGUUGAAGGAAUUUCUGAUAAAGGAAAGGCUGAUCGCUUUACUGUAGAGUUCUCUUCUCUCAAUAGAGUUAAUCUAAAGAAAUUCAAGCAAGGGAAGCGUGCUAAUCAAACCGAUGGUAUUGAACUUGAGAGACAGAAUGACCCAAAUCAUGGGUUUGUUCUGUAUCACGAAUUUUCUGGUGGUCAACAUUCAUACUUGACAGUAGAUCUGGAAAGUAAAAUGGUUAUUCCUCGACCAACUGUUGAAGCUGAAGAACAAGCUGCAUUUUUUCUGUCUACUCCCAUAAGACAGCCUGCAGCAAUGUCUUCAUGGCAAGCUCGAAGACCUCUUCUUCUUAAUUUUCGUCAUAAGACAUCUAAAUGGCUGGGUCUCUGGUCAUCUGUCUUUGACGAUUAUCUUGUACUUGAACAGGAGACUGAUGGUUCUGUUUUUGUGCUGAAGGAGAAGACUGGAGGUGAACUCUCAGCUGAUUCAUACUGCCAGUUUUGUAUUGAGCAGCCUUAGUAGACUCUCACAAACAAACUGGUUUAGUAGCUAGACUGGAGGCACAGUAUAGUUAGACUGUGUGUGCUAGCCUAAUUUCAUGUUUUCUAGAUUUAAUAAGUCACCACUGUUUGACUGGCGGUUUAGUACACAGUGGUAUAUAUAGAUGUGAUACCACUGUUUGACUUCUGAGCAUUUAAUUAGUACACACAUUGGUAUAGAUAGGUAUGAUAUGUUUGCAACUUGUCUAAUUAAAGAGUGUAGUAAUUUGUUGGAUUUCCGUAGUUUAUGCAGU